GCUCGAGCCUCUCUGCUGAGCACAUCCUUAGCGCGAGCCGCUGUCAUAACCGCGUCUCUGUGAUCUCGUUCCUGCGCUCGGGACCGAAACGAAACCCCCAAGACGAGGCUUUCAUCUUCAAAUUUAAAUUCAAACCGUAAAAGAAACAAACGUUUUUUGGUUUUUUUCCCCCUUGGGACAGACUCGGGAACAGCAGGGCACAGAUCUGGGGGGGUGGGGGGGUGAAGAGCGAGAUUGUUCGGAUUAUUAUAGUCCGGUACAGUGGACAUUAUCUCCCGCUGAAGAGGACUGUACUUUGACUCACUUUGUUGCGUAGUUUGUGUCCGGUGUGUAAAAAUAAAGCUUCUUUCGUUUUUAUUUGUGGAACAUAAAACCCUUGCAUUUGCACCGGGCGGAUGCUUCUAAGCGCUUUGUGCAGACGGUAGCUGGUGGAAACACUAACCUGUAGGACGACAACAAAGUAAAAAGCGUUUUUUUUUCUUCAUUUAGAAGACAUAAAGUCAACCUAUUCGGGUAGCCCUGCAAACCUGGAAAUUAGAUCAGGAUGCGUCUUUGAAACGACCCGUUUGUUGAAAUCAGACCUGCUGUAGUUCCGGGGAUGGGAUACGGGAUGACCCUCAGCGGCGUGGUGCUUGUUCUUGCCCCGAUGUGGUGUCUGAUGUCCGGAAAUUGCCUGGCAGCGACGCUGGGCGGACUCAGAGACACCGUUUUGGACCGAGAGACAUUCAAGAGUGUGACAAACGUCAGCACCUUCCUCCUGGACCCUUCCUCAGGCACCCUCUUCCUGGGUGCCAGGGAUGCCAUACUAGCUCUAGAUACCACGAACCUGAACCAACAACCAAAAAAGAUUGUUUGGGCUGUACCCGAGGAGAAGAGGAGGUCUUGUGUGGGGAAGGGAAAGACAGAGGUUGACUGCAACAACUACAUCCGUCUGUUGGAAUUCCUGAAAGACGGUCGCAUCUACGUGUGCGGCACCUACGCUUUUGACCCCCAGUGUGCAUUCCUGCAGCGUUCCUCCUUCACCUUGGAAGCAACAGAGGAUGGAGGAGUGAAGAUGGAGACGGGGAAGGGCAAGUGUCCCUUUGAGCCCAGUCAACGUUACACAGCUGUAAUGGCAGAUGGGAUCCUAUACACAGCAGCCACCAGUAACUUCCUGGGAACGCUCUAUGACAUCUCCAGGGCAACGGGCCCCGAGCAGGAGCGUGUUCGAACUGACCAAUCCAUCAACUGGCUCAACGACCCAGAGUUUGUCAGCUCAGCCUACAUAGAGCAGACCGCAGACAGCAACCCGACCGGAGACGAUGACAAAAUCUACUUCUUCUUCACUGAGAUAGCCAAAGAGCACGAUCUGUACACCAAUGUGCCGAGGGUGGUACGAAUCUGCAAGUCUGACGUGGGAGGGAUGAAGACUCUGCAGCGACGAUGGACCACAUUUCUCAAAGCCCAGCUGGUGUGUGAGGACAAACCCAGUGGUCAGCGCUACAACAUCCUGACAGAUGUUUUCACGGCUCGACACUCUUCAGGAGACCCCAGCAGCACACACUUCUAUGGGCUGUUCACCUCCCAGUGGGAGCCCAAUGAUGUUUCAGCUGUGUGUGUUUUCAGUCUGUUUGACAUCAGCAAAGUUAUGGACGGUCCUUUUAAAGAGCUGAAGAAGACGUGUGAGAACUGGAACAGUCCCGAGACUGUUCCCAUACCAAGGCCAGGCCAGUGUUUGAACAGCGCUUUAAAGGGUCAAGGAUUCGAAUCCUCUUUGAAACUUCCCGACAAGGUGCUGACUUUUGUGAGGGACCACCCACUGAUGGAGAACAGCGUCACAGCAGCACCCCUGCUGGUCCGGAAGGGAAUUAAAUACACCAAGCUGGCUGUAACGCUGAUGGGCGAGGCAGAGGACCGAAGAGGAGCUGUCCUUCAUCUUGGAACAGAUCGUGGAGAGCUCCACCAAGUGGCAGUAGCGGGCCAGAAUGCAACUUUACUACAAGAGAUUCCUCUUUUCUCCUCACAAGAGCCUGUUAACAACAUAUUACUGCAUCAGGGUCGAGCGCUGGUGGGGAGCCCGCUGUCUGUGGCUAGAGUACAGGCUGAAGGCUGCGCUCUCUAUUCCAGCUGUGAGGUCUGUGCCAGGGCCAGAGGAGUGGGCUGUGAGUGGAGCACAGAGGACCAAACCUGCACGUUCACAGAAGCAGAUCCUGGUCCAGGUGACGUUGUAGAUGACGCCUUAAGAAAGUGUCUUACACAAGACCGACGAUGCGAUCCAUCCAUCAGGGAGCUGAAAGUCUCCAUCGGACUGCGCAUCCUGUUGCCAUGUGUCCAGCUUUCUCCUCGCCCCUGUAGCUGGGAGUAUCCUCCCCACAGACACACCAGGCAACACCACUCUGACUUGGCGGUAACUGUGACAAUAGACAACCUGGGGAAAUACGUUUGCACAUGCCAGGAGGGAGGACCUAGCAUCAGAGACCCAACGCCCUGCCGCCGAGCAGCUUUUUUCCUAAACCUGGAGGGCCCCACUGUUGAAGGAACGGCGGCCAAAGCUGGAAGCCGACAUGUCUUAUCAAUCUACAUCUUUUUCUUCUUCGUGGGCCUAGUGUUUGGAGCGUUUCUUCUCUACUUCGUAACCCGGAAGCAAAACGGUACCCGCCCAGGCCAUCGCGACCAUGAUAUUUCAUUGUCAUCAGGAAAGGGACGAGAGUUGCUGGGCUCCUCGACAUCUCCCCAGUCCCAAAGCAACUCCAGCCUGGUUUCCGAACGAUUCAAGUUGACGGAAAAACAAAACGGCAAGACGACUUCGACCACAACUACUACGCUCCUCAGCAAUCACGGUAACGGUGGCCACCAUGCUAACAGUUACAACGGCGCAAGGAUUAGCAGCAACCCCAGCAAUGGACAUCCUUUGCUCGCCAACUGCGACACAAGUGGCACCGGGCUGAAGCUCCACUCAGAAAUCUUAGUAGCAAACACGCUGGGGGGAAGGACGGAAGUGAGGGAGCGGGUGCAGCCAAUGGGCGGAGAGAUGGAGUCUGGGGAGGGACAUGGGGUGGAUGAAGGACUGGGAGAUAGGAAAAAAGGACUACAGGACGAGCUCGCGAGUUUUCCGAUGUUGGGAUUUCAGGCACCACUGGCUCCGUGUGAAGAAAGCUCAAUAUGAAGGAAAACAAUCUGCAGCCUGCAAAUGAACUGGAUGCCUCUUUAGGUACUGCCAGAUGCCUUUGAAUGGGAGCUGUGGCAUGGAGAGAAAGACAACAGAGAUUUAUGAAAAUAUAUGUUAAGAGUCAAAGUCUGAGAGAACCAUGAAUAGACUGAAGGGCACCGCAGAAAAUAUAAGCGUGUUAUACACUGCUGUUGUAGGCACGCUGGAGAGCCACAGCUUACGUUGUUUGGGUGUAAAUUUCACAUGUAAAUAACUGAGCCGAGAACAUGAAAUCAGUGGUCACGCAAUUCCAAUGUUACAAGGAAAUCAAUGAUGACCUACCUUCUUAGACGUUGAAAAGCCAUAUCUUGUUGUCCUUUCAUUCAGCUGUACUAAUGGAACUGCAAAAAAAAAGUGCACUUCAGUCUUAGGUCCGUUGUUUGUAACUAGAUGUGGCUAAUUCUCUCCUUGUGGUGUCACUGCUCAUGCCGCACACCCUGACGGAUCCAAAGGCAGCAAAGCUGAACUGAGCCUCACAGAGUCCAGUUCUUCUCCACUAGUCCUGGGCCUUGGAGAUAGAGAGAGGUCACUGUCAGAGACUAAAGAACCAAGAUUGACUGCAAAACCAAAGACAGGGCUCCCUUCUAACACGGCGGUUCACAGAUUCAUGAUAAGGUUCUGGUCAUUGUUUGGGAGCAGACCCGUUUAUCAAAUUAUUGGUCAAACGUCUUUCAAAUGAUGUCUUAAAAAAUGGAUCUUUUUUUAACUAACAACCACCAUCACCUGAAUUUGUGAGUUGAUUUCAACCUAAAUGUAUUGUCAUUUUUAUUUUUGUUGUGUUUUAUAAUAAAAAACAGUAAAUGGUGA